AUGCGCUCCUCAUCUACCAAGAUGGUUGCAUUCCGCCUCGGGAGCAUCAUGGCUGCCGUAAGCACCGUGCUGGCGAUCAAGGCGCCCCCAUCCACCGCUGACACCUACGACUAUGUCGUGGUUGGCAGCGGUCCUGGAGGCGGCCCCCUCGCCAGCAACCUUGCCCGAGCCGGUUUCAAGACGCUGCUUCUUGAAGCCGGGGAUGACGAGAGCGCUGACCCUAACUCUCAGGUCCUCGCCUGGGGGCGGGCCAUCGGGAUAGCUGAAAAUCUAAGCUGGUCAUACUGGGUUCGACAUUACGACGAUGAGGAGCUCACGAAGCAGUACCAGCAUCUUGUCUGGAGACUUCCUAAUGGCGACUUGUGGGUUGGUCCCGGGUCUAAUGCCCCCUCAGGUGCUGAGAUAGUCGGCGUCCAGUAUCCUCGUGGAGCUACUCUCGGGGGCUCGUCGAUUGUCAACUCCGGCCUCACUGUGCUCCCAAGCGACAGCGACUGGGAUUACAUUAAGAAAAUCACUGGUGAUAGUUCCUGGAACCCUGAUCACAUGAGACGCUUGUUUGUGAAGUUAGAGCGCAACCAGUACCUUUCCCGGGGAACCCCUGGACACGGCUUCGAUGGCUACCUCAAAACAAACUUGGGCAAUGGAAGCAUCUUUCUCUCUUCGCCCCAGACAACCGAGAUCCUCGGGGCUAUGGCCGCUGAGGCGGGUCAAAACCCCAAGGACCUGCCAAAGCUUCUGGAAACUGAUCCCAACCAAUUGAGCCCUGAUAGAGAUCACAAGACCGGCCUUUCCGGGCUGUCCUUCCACGCCAAUUCAACUUGGGGCCGUUAUAGCGCAAGGGAGCGGGUGCUUGACACUAUCCGAAGUGUCGACAAAAAAGGCAAGAGAAAGUACCACCUCGACCUGAGACUCAACUCGUACGCUACCAAGGUUCUUUUUGACAAGCCCAAGCGGGGAUCUAAACCUCGGGCUAUCGGCAUCGAGUACUUGGAGGGCAAGAGCAUCUACCAAGGCGAUCUCCGCUACAGCUCAUCCAACAAUGCAACCAUGCAUCGAGUCUACGCGACACGAGAAGUGAUCCUCAGCGGCGGUUCUUUCAGCACGCCUCAGCUUCUCUUACUUAGCGGUGUCGGACCUGCGGCGGACCUCAAGGCACUCAAAAUCCCAGUUGUGGUCAAUCUCCCUGGCGUGGGCCGCAACAUGCAGGAUCACAACGAGAUAGCAGUCAUCGGAGAAGCAGCACAAAACAUUAGCUUCGACGCCGCCCCUGGGUUUCCUCGGUCUCGUUGCACAUGGGGGGCUCCUAACGAUCCUUGCUACACCCUCUUCCUCCAGGGAACCGGUCCAUACACUGAACCCGGCCUCAACUCGGACUUGACCUUCAUCAAGACAAACUACACCACAACAGGGGAGCGCGACGUCGCAAUCUUCUCUGGCCCUUUUAGCUUCCGUGGUAUGUGGCCUGCUACUCCGGGCCAGUCGUGGUUGGACCCCCACAACACUUGGGGCAUUCACGGCGUCCACAUGCAUGGUAAGAACCGCGCGGGCUAUCUCAGGCUCUUAUCCAGCGAUCCCACAGCCCUGCCAGAAAUAAAUUUUCGCCACUUCUCCAGCAAAGGCACGGGUGAGGACCUGGCGGCUAUGAAGGAGUUUGUCGCUUGGGGCCGCCGUGCCUUCAGCCGUACUAAGGCGCCUGUUGCUCCUAUCAACAUCACCUGGCCUCCUUGCUCUGGCGUGGUCUUGGCUGACGGCAGUUGCUCGGAUGCUACCAGUGACGAAGACUUCAUACGGCAGAACACUUUCGGUCAUCAUGUCAUCGGUACAUGUUCUAUCGGUUCAAACAGCGACAAAGAUGCUGUUUUGGACUCCAAGUUCCGUGUCCGUGGUAUUUCUGGCCUGCGUGUUGUCGAUGCCAGCGCAUUCCCCAGACCACCCGGUGCCUUCCCGAUCCUUGCCACCUACAUGUUGAGCGAGAAGGCUGCGGAAGACAUCCUGUCGGGCUAG